UCCAGAAUACAUUUUUGUUGCCUCAUUUUGUGUAAUAGGUGCCUCAUUGCCUCCUUACCUUUGGGUAAUGUUGUGUAUCUAUCAUGCUACAUUUGUGCGCUUUUCAUUCUCUGGGUUGAACCCACCGUUUCUGCUGUCCCAAGGCACUAGAUAAUCUCCCAGCUCCACCCAGCAACAAACUUCCAGAGCAAUUUGGGAGAAAUCAGAUUCAGACAUCAGACAUCUCUUUUUUUCCUCUCUUUUUCUCUUUCUCUUUCUCUCUCUAUCUCUGCUAUCUUUUGCCCUUCUGUCUCUGUAUGCCCUGCCGUGCAUCUGCACCCUGGCAUUUGGGCACCGGCUGUCAAACGUAGGGCUUUAAAACAGCAAACUCUGCUGGAGAUCUGCGACCUACAGCACGAUCAAGAGCUCAGGAGGGGAUCGCACAUUCCACGGGAAGCGUGCCGUUUCCUGCCCUUCCUGUCUUGGCUUUUGUCCGGUCCAGGGUCAAGGUUUAGCUGGAGGUUUUUGCUGGCCUGGCUGGCUUUAUUAGGGCUGGAAGCUGGAGCUGCUGUAGGGGAAAGCUCCUCAGUCUCGUAUGGAUCUUCUCCCGGAUCAAAGCUCAGCUGCCAGCAUGUUCAGUGAGAGCUCAGCAGUGAAAGGCAUAAGAAGGCGGAUGAGAAAGAGGAAUAUGGCCGCUGCACCGAUCUCCUGGCCCAACCCCAUGAGGGCUAUCGGAGCUCAGAAUCUGCUCACCAUGCCUGGAGGGGUCAGCCUGUCCGGGUAUCUACACAAGAAAGGGGGGAGCCAGUUUAGCCUGAUGAAAUGGCCUCUACGCUACAUUAUAAUCCACAGAGGCUGCGUCUACUAUUUCAAGACGAGUACCUCAGCUACACCACAAGGGGCGUUCUCCCUCAACGGCUACAACAGGGUCAUGCGAGCAGCAGAAGAGACGACGUCCAGCAACGUUUUCCCAUUCAAGAUCGUACACUUCAGUAAGAAGCAUCGUACGUGGUACUUCUCAGCAGCGAGUGAAGACGAGAGAAGGAAAUGGAUGCGUCAUCUGAGGAAGGAGAUAAACUACUAUACCGACAAGAAAGAUUUUCAUGACCCGGGUGAAUCGGACUCCGAUGCUGAGAGUUUCUAUGGGCCGAUAGAGAGCCCUCUGGAAAUCACCGAAGUCUCAGAUCACCCUGACUCAGAAUUUAUAAUAAGCGAUGAGGAGGACUAUCUUCAACCUGAUGGACCAACAGUUCGGCCAACAGCGCCACCUCCAUCUUACCCUCCACCCCCUGUUCCGAAUGUGGAAGACAGAAUCACCCCCCCAUCCACCCAUCCCAAAGGACAUUUACCUCCAUUGCCCCCUCCACCCAAUAAGACCCCCCCGUGUCCUGAACGCAACAAAACCUCACUUAGCUUCCCAAGCCCUCCUCCCCUGUUACCCCCUCUCCCAUCUAAACCAGUUCUAGACAGGUUCCCAAAGCCCUCCCUGCCCAUUCCUUCACCCACCUACCCGAAAAAGCCCGUAGCUGGAAGAGUGUCUGGAUCAACCCUCCCAGUGUGUGAGAAAAGGCACGGUUCUUCAGUGGUCAUAACGAGCCCGUCCACCCUGCCCAUCUGCCGAGAACUGGAGGAGAAGGUGGUUUUAAACACUGGGGAAAAACCAAAGCCGUUCAGCAUACACAACAACCACAAACUGGCGCCCAAACCAGAGGAGAGGAAGCCCAACUGUUCCAGUCCAAUAGGCAACAAGUCUCCUAACAUGCUGCCCAAGCCUCCACCACCAGGGAUCAAGCCUAAACUUGGACGGCCAUCUCUCCAAUCGUCUCCUGACGGCCAGAGCUUUCGCUCCUCAGUGGAGGAGAACCCCCUGACCAAGAGGGUCCGAGCGAAGCACAGCGACGAGGAGUCUGACGAUGAUUACGAGAAUGUGCAGUUGCCUGACUCUGUGUUUGUGGACACCACAGAGACCAGUGCUGUCGAAAAAUUAUUUAAAGAGGAGUUCAGCUCUCCAAAGGAUGGCCUCUACUGCAUCCGAAACUCAGGAACAAAGACAUCAAAGGUGCUGGUUGUGUGGGAUGUGAGUCUGAAUAAGGCCAGAAACUACCGUGUGUUUGAGGAGGACUCGACAGUAUUCCUGGAGACAGAUGUGGGCUUCCCGUCUCUGGCAGCGCUGGUGGAGCACUACCACAGCCAUCCCCUGCCAAACCACGGCUCCCUGUGCUUGCAGCAGCCUUACGGGUACAAGCCGCCCAGGUGACAAGCCGCCUGCUGCUGCUGCCGCUCAGCAUCAUAAACACCACAUAGACUCUCCUCAGCUCAGAUACAACUGCGCCCCCUGCUGGCUAUCGUAUCUCACUACAACUGCCCUGGUUUACAAGCGCUAUGGACAAACUGUGUUUGCCAGAAAAGGUUGAAUAGAGGGAUGAACAGACUCAUGUGAACAUGGACGCAUGUGAGCAGCUCUGGAACUUUGAAGAAAUCUUCAUAGAUGAACAAAGAGAGCAGUUACAGAGAUCAAACUGAAGCCGUACGAAGUUAAACUCACAUUGAUGGAGACCGAACUGGACUGGAUUCAGCAGCUCGAGUCGUGUUGCUGAUGGUUUUGUAGCUAGAUGGUUCUAUUUGCACAGAGACAGAGCGUGUGCACAUGCACACUGCCCAUAUGUGGGCCUGCUGUAAGCUGAAACACGGCCUUUCCCAUGCUCACAGAAGGAUGGUCACAGAGCAGCUGUACACGUAAAGACUGUUUUUAUAGGACAGAGAUGUCCGGUUAAAUAUGGCAAUAUGAUGAUAUAUUGCAAUCACAGUUUUCAGGACGAAUAUUGUACACCAUAUGUUUUUUUGUUUUUUUUUUACCUACCAAGCUGCCUACAGUAACCAUAUACAUUUCUUACAUAUAUACAGCUCUGGAAAAAAUGCAAAGAUCACCUCAGUUUCUGAAUCAGUUUAUCUAAUUUCGCUAUUUAUAGGUAUAUGUUUGAGUAAAAUGAACAUUGUUGUUUUAUUGUUCUCGUUUCUCUAAAAAUAUUGUCAUUUACAGCAUUUAUUUGCAGAAAAUGAGAAAUGGCUGAAAUAGGUUCCGAAAUUAAUAUUUGUCGGAAUAACCGUUUUUUAAUCACAGUUUUCAUGCAUCUUGGCAUGUUCUCCUCCACCAGUCUUACACACUGCUUUCGGGUAACUUUAUGCCUGCACUCCUGGUGCAAAAAUUCAAGCAGUUCAGUUUGGUUUGAUGGUUCGUGAUCAUCCAUCUUCCUCUUGAUUAUAUUCCAGAGGUUUUCAAUUUGGUAAAAUCAAAGAAACUCAUCAUUUUUAAGUAGUCUCUUAUUUUUUCAGAGCUGUAUAGCAUGGAUAAAAGGUAUUAGACACACCCAGCUGGCCAACAACAUUGAUGGAUAUUGUUAAUUGGUUCAAUGCGGCGUUGUAGCGUUGUGUUUACCAAGCAACAACUUUUUAGCAACACUUUAUAACGUUCCAAGGAGGUUAUCCUAUAACGUUACAGAGGAACGUUCUGAAAAUGCGUGACGUAAUAAUGGUUUGCAUCAAAACAUUAUUAGAAUAUUUCUCACAUAACUUUCCCAACUAGACAAAUCCUAACAUUAUGGAAACCAGAGUGUUUACAACAUUAAAAUAAAAUGUAUUAUUAACAUCAAGAAAACUUACAUACUUACAAACUAAACAUACGAAUAACUUUUAACUGUUCAAAAAACGUUCUACCAUCCAAAAACUGUUGGUAGCUGGGUAGUCAGGUGAUCAAACUCUAUGUCAGGAUGAUGUCUAAUUUCUAAUGCCUAAUGUUAAUGAAGUUAUUACAGUCACUAAAAUCAAACCACUUCCUAACUGUAGUAUAUUUAUAUCUAUAAAUGAUUUUGCUAAAUUGCUCCAUAUGAACCUGUUCUCAGGACAGAUUCUGAAGUGGGUUUUCUUUGUUAAUAACCCAUUUACUUUUAAAGGCAGAGUACAGUGCCCCACAUGUUGCAUUACAAGGCUUUUUCCUACUGGUUUUCAAAAUAAAAGCCCCCUGUCUAAAGAAAAUAAAAUUAUGCUACUUAUGCUUCGCACUUA